AAAAUAUGAAUAUUCUUUAUUCUGUUUGAUCAUUUUUUAGUGGAUUCUGGUAUAUUCUCUUCAAGAUCGUAUAUUUUUAAGAAAAAAUGGUAAACCCUUUCUCUUUGAGGAUGCCAACAGAGAUAGAUGACGAUUCAGAUAACAUAUAAGGGGUCGGCAACCUACAUGGGUUUAGAAGCUUUACGGUUCGGUCUGAGCGAAAAUGUUUUCAGAUCUGAGAAUCCUGAGCACGAUUGCUACUGCACUAAACUGAUGUCCGACGAAACUGGAAAGAAGAGUUGCUUUUUGGACGGAACGUUGGAUGUUCAAAGCUGUCUAGGUGUUCCUGUCUUAUUGUCAUUGCCACAUUUCUUGUACGCCGACCAGACGUAUUUCAGAAAAGUUAAAGGCAUUUCUUCACCAAACAAGGAUGAACAUGAGAUAUACCUGUUGGUUGAACCAAAUACUGGCACUCCACUGCAAGGGAUGAAAAGAGUUCAAAUGAAUAUGAUUCUACGACCAAUCACAUUCCUGGAGUACACGAAAAACCUUCCUCGAGCAGUUUAUCCUCUCCUAUGGCUCGAAGAGGGAGCCAGCUUAACACCAGACCUAGUAGACGAAAUAAAUUCUAAGCUAUUCAAGGUUAAGAAAAUUGCCACCUACUUCUUAUUUGCUCUGAUGGGUGUUGUAUCUGUUGCAAUUGUGGCUUCGAGUACCCAUCUUGUCAGGACGACAUUCUUGCUCAAACGUUAGUUCAAAUGAUAUGUUUAUUCAAUAUAGUAUUUUUGAAUAA